AUAGGCCAGAAUAAGUUUGGUUGUAUUUUUAUUUAUUUUAACAUACACAUGAAUAGGACUCUGCAUAGCUGGAAAUGAAUAAACCUAUGCUAUGUCCUAAGAAAAAGAAAAGACUAAUUCCAUAGUUACAUGGCAGUCUGCUAGAACAACAGGGUAGCAAAGAGCAAAACUUAGUGGUAUCAUAAAAUCACAGAAUCACAGCAUGGCUGAGGAUGGAGAUCAUCCAGUCUAACACCCUGCUCAAGUAGGGACACCCAGAGCAGGCUGCCCAGGACCAUGUCCAGGCAGCUUAUGGCAGUCUCCAAGGAAGGAGACUCCACAACCUCUGCGCCUGCUGACAUUCAAGACAGUGUCUUUAAUAAUAUGCUUUAACUUUUGGUUAGCCCUGAACUAACCAGGCAGUUUUACUCAGUGAUCUUUGCAAGUCCCUUCCAUCUGAACUAUUCUAACUCUUCGGAACACUUGUGGUCAACCAGUGAAGAAGUGUUUCCUGAUACCGAGACAAAGCUUCCUAUGUUCUUUCUGCGUCAGGUUUAUGCCCAUUGCCUCAUCAUGUCACAGGGCAUCACAGAAAAGAGCCUGGCUCCAUCCUUUUGCAUCCUUAGGAGGUAUACACAUUGAUAAGAUCUCCACUAAGCCUCUCCCAGGCUAUACAGACCCAGCUCUCUCAGCCCCUCCUUGUAGCAGAUGUACUCCAGACUCUUCAUCAUCUUCAAGGCCCUUUGCUAGACUAUUUCCAGAAUGUCCAUGCCUCUCUUGUACUUGGAAGCCCAGAACUAGACACAGCAUGCCAGGUACAGCCUCACCAGUGCUAAACAGAGGAGAAGGAUCACCUCCCUCAAUCAUUUAGCAACGUUUCUCCUAAUGCAGCGCACAAUGCUGUAAGCCUUCCUGCCGCAUGGGCAUAUUGCUGACUCACAUUUAGCUUGGCAUCCACCAGGAGCCCCAGGUCCUUUUCUGUAGAGCUCCUUUCUUCCUGGAUGCAGGACAUGCACUUCUCUUUCUUGAACUGCAUGAGGUUCCUAUCAGCACGCCGCUCCAACCUGUCAGGGUCCCCUUUGAUGACAGCAGUGUCCUCUGGUGUAUUCCCCCCAGUUUUGUGUCUAGGUUUUCUCCCAUGCUGCCCUGCACGAGUUACAGCAAUUCCGUGUAAAAGGUUACAAAACUACUUUUGUUAUUACAUAUUUCAUUUAAAACUUUCUCUUUGCUUUGGUGCCCAUUAAGAUACUCAGGGACUGCAGAGGAGCUGCUACACCGCUGCAUGCGACUGCAUCCUGGUGCCUGCGGGUGCUCUGCUCAUACUGGCUCCAGUCUGGCCGUGCGCACUCUGGGCAGAGCUUGUUCCCGAGGCCUGAAAAACCCUGAGAAGAGGCGGGCACUGCUGCACACCUGGAGCAGCCUGAUGAAUUUGAGUACCUGCAAUGCUGUCUUUAUGGAUAGGUCCUGCAGCAGCCCAAAGCAUUUUUGUGGGUUUGUAACUGUUUCAUUUUUUGUUGAAAAGUUUUAAUUCCGCUCUCCCUAAUCCGCUCCUGCGUCUCUUCACCCCUGCCACACCCUGCCGCCGGCACACCCCACCCCGGCUCCCCCCUCUGCCAGUCAGGAGAAGCAGACGUACCACUCUCAGGCCUCCGCACAGCACAGCGUCCGGGACCUCUGCCCGCCGCCUCCGGCCCGGCCUCCGCCGGCACACCGCGGGGAGGGGUCGCGGCAGCGCCCGAGAGGACCGGCCCGCCCCUGGGUGACCUCCACGGCGGGCAGGGCCGGCCGGGCACCACGCUGGCUGAGCGCUUUCCGCGGCCGUUUGUCUCCUGUCUCUUCCCGUUCGCAUAAGCAGCUGCUGCUGCGCAGCCCCUUCCCCGCCCGCCUCGGCGGCGUCGCCUCCUCCUCGCAGCCUCGAGCAGCGCAGCCCGACUUACAGAGCUGAAGAAUCACAAGUUGAAAUGAGUAACCAGGAGACUGAUGUGCUACGUUGCUGGAGAUGUAGAAAAUACAUAGCAAAUUCUGUUUGCCUUGCAAAAUGUUACGGAAAAGAGCCAUCCAAUAUAUCACAGCAUUCAGCUGUUGCUCAGGAGUCUUGCAACAUAUGGCACGUGAGCUUAGAAGCUAUUCCAGAGUGGGUUAAACGUGCCAUUGAGAAAGCACAGUGGACUGCUGGAAAACUGCACUGUCCAUUUUGUGAGGCCCGUUUAGGGGGCUUUAACUUUGUUUGCAACACAAAGUGCUCCUGUGGACAGCUAGUAAAUAUACAUUUCUGCAAAAGUCGGACUGAUUAUCAAGCAACUUGCUCUGUUAGAUUGGCAAAAUCAGCAGGAGAAUGCUUACCUCUCUGUGAAAUUAAGUCUGGUUUUAGCAAGGGUAGCCACCAUGAAGUGCUAACAGCAGUUUCAGAUAUCAGCCCCCAAGAGCAUUCAUACAUCACCAGAAAGAAUAACAGCGAUACUGAAAGAUUUACAGAAGCACUUUGUCUAGAAGCAAGAUCUCCAAGACUUGUGAUGGAAAGUAAAAAAUUUCCCUUAAAGGCAUUAUAUCAAAAAGGAAAUCUUUUUGCUUCCUGUCUGAAUGAUACAUGCACACUACAAUCUUUUCACAGAAGAUCACACAGUUUGGAUUUAAGUACUAGAGAGAGACUUGCUUUGUCACCUGUGUUAUUUGAAACUUCCAGUAUGGAACCUGUUUACCACAUGAAAUGGUCAAAUGGCCAAAAUGAAAAUCCAUCUCUUUAUACACCAAGUGACCUGCAAUUAGAGUCUAAUAAUAGUGCUUUUCAGGUCCAAUAUAGUUCUAGUGCUGGCAAACCACAAAGAAGGUUUCGAGCUUUGUCCUGUACCACAUUGGUACAUAGAGACACAGAAAGUGAUGAAUGUGAUCUUGAAGCUACUGGACAAUCUUCUGGGAAUACCAUUGCUGAUGGGUUGCCUUUUCUGAUGAACGUUUCUUCAUCUACAAGUGCUGUAGAAGAGGAACAAUAUAUUGCACCUGUUAGUCUUGUGCAGUCUACAAGUAACCAAAACUUGAGUAAGAGGGAAAAAAACAAGUUGAAAAGCGUAAGGAGAAAACAAAGGCGGCGAGAACAGUGGCUACAGAAGCAAACUGCAAAUGAUAAUCUGCAUACAGACGAUGAGCCUGAACUCAGAGGAGAUAAGGAAAGCUAUCUCUGUGCAGUGUGCCUGGAUGUUUAUUUCAAUCCUUACAUGUGCUAUCCAUGCCACCAUAUCUUUUGCGAACCAUGCUUAAGGAUGCUUGCCAAAGACAAUCCAGCCAGCACUCCAUGUCCACUGUGUCGCACUACAAUUGCCAGAGUCUUUUUCCAAACAGAAUUGAACAACUCUACCAAGUCCUUUUUCCCUAUGGAAUAUUUGAAGUUACAAGAAAGUUUUCAAAAAUCUAAUUCUGCAAAAUGGCCUCUACCAAGCUGCAAGAAAGCUUUCAGAGUUUUUGAAGAUGUGAAAUGGAGUAAAAAUAGGGCUUUUUAAGGACACGAUGGCAGUGCAGAAAAGGAGAUGAAAACAUGGAAUACUAAAUGUGAGGAUAACUGCCUCUUUGUGAUACACUUCAGCAUUGUCCAAGAAGAAAUUUGGUGGCAUAUGCUCUUUCAUCUGGUUUAUAUCUAGCGGGUGUAGUGAUGUUGUCGUUUAACCUGGCAGCAGCUCAACACCACACCGCAUUUGCUCACCCCUCCCCCUGCCUCAAUUGGAUGAGGGAAAGAAUUGGAAGCAAAAUAGAACUUGAGGGUUGAGGUAAAAACUAUUUACUAAGACACAAAAAGAAAACAGAAACAAAACUAUGAUUAUGUGUAUCUGUGUGGUGUCACAUAAUUGCCACCCACCAACCAAUACCGGGGUAUUAGAACGUAAUAGAACUGCAAGCCGACCAACACCCUGCUACCAAGGCAACAUUUCACCACCUGCCAGCCAACACACAGCAACUCUCAAGCACUAGCUUUCCCUGGCCAACUCUCACAGCUUUAUAGCCUUCCACAUGAUGUCACAUGGUGCGGAAUAACCCUAUUGCUAAUUCAGGCCACCUGUCCUGGCUCUGCCCUGCCCCCUGGUGCCAUAAAGGCAAUGGCUCUUCCCCACCAAAUAGCCUUGCCUAGCUCUGGGCAUGCUUCCAUCGCUCAGCAACAACGAAAACAUCAGUGUACUGUUAACACUGUCUCUUUAAAAUCUGCCUCUAAAGUUUUACUUUAUGAAAUAAACAAAUGCGUUACAUUGCUCAACUACUUUGAGUAUUGGUAACUUCAAAAAAUGAAA